AACGAAGAUCGCUGAAAAUUUCCUUUCCCAUUUCGCUGAAUAGGGUUCAGUACAAAAUUCGGAAUCGUAGGUUUAAGAAUUUUAGAUCAUUGAAACAGCCAUGUCUAGGCAGGUCACGAGACUUCUCGGAUCUCUUCGCCAUUCCGGCGGCGGCUGCAGCGGCAGCUCAAAGGUCUGCUCUCUCACUUCAUUGGUACAGUCUCGCUCCUUCGGGACAACUCCUCCGCCUCCUGCGGCGGUCUUUGUCGACAAAAAUACACGUGUCAUCUGCCAAGGUAUUACCGGAAAGAACGGGACCUUCCACACUGAACAAGCCAUUGAAUACGGCACCAAAAUGGUAGCAGGAGUGACACCAAAGAAGGGUGGAACAGAACAUUUGGGGCUACCUGUUUUCAACACUGUUGCUGAAGCUAAGGCUGAGACUAAAGCCAAUGCCUCUGUGAUCUACGUACCUGCGCCUUUCGCUGCUGCUGCUAUCAUGGAAGGUUUAGCUGCUGAGUUAGAUCUUAUUGUUUGUAUCACUGAAGGAAUUCCUCAACAUGACAUGGUUCGUGUAAAGGCUGCUCUUAACAGUCAAUCAAAAACUAGGCUGAUUGGCCCUAAUUGUCCUGGUAUUAUCAAACCUGGUGAAUGCAAGAUUGGGAUCAUGCCAGGAUACAUACACAAGCCGGGGAAGAUAGGGAUUGUUUCUCGAUCUGGAACAUUGACAUAUGAAGCUGUUUUCCAAACUACUGCAGUAGGUUUGGGGCAAUCUACUUGUGUAGGAAUUGGUGGGGAUCCGUUUAAUGGGACAAAUUUUGUUGACUGCUUGGAGAAGUUCUUUGUUGACCCCCAAACAGAAGGUCUCGGUUUCGGACACCAUAAUUGAUUCCAUACAUCUUAUAUCUUUUCCUAUUUGUCUAAAUUCAUUGUUUCCUGUUAGUCACUUACUUUUAAUAUGUAGUUGAUAUCCCAAGACUACUACUAGUUCUUUAGUAUGUAGAAAAAGGUGAUUCAUUUGCAGUAAUAGACACAGCUUUAUCGAUAUUACAGUCUCGCUCUGUUUUGUAGAUUAGUGAAAGAAUCCAGCAUUGUUUUGUUACUAAGAAAUUAUUGAUUUAUUUUCAGGUAUCGUUCUCAUUGGAGAAAUCGGUGGGACUGCAGAAGAAGAUGCCGCUGCUUUGAUAAAGGAAAAUGGUACAGACAAGCCUGUAGUUGCUUUCAUAGCCGGACUUACUGCACCACCAGGGCGUCGUAUGGGUCAUGCGGGAGCCAUUGUUUCCGGUGGUAAGGGCACGGCUCAAGACAAGAUAAAGAGCCUAAGAGACGCAGGAGUUAAGGUGGUUGAGUCACCAGCUAAGAUUGGUGCGGCGAUGUUUGAGCUUUUCCAAGAAAGAGGUCUUUUGAAGUGAAACUGAAGUAAUAUCAUAAUACAAUGAGUUGUUUCAGGAAUCAACCUCUCUAAUAACAACAGUUUGCCAAAAUAGAAGAGUGAAACGGAAUUCCUAAAAUUCCUUACCAUGGAGAUAAUUGCAGAGAAAAAAAAAUAGUCACUUUUUUUUUUGUCUAUGCCAUUCUAUUUUUCAAUUUAUUGAGCCGUUCUAUUUUUUUUUUGUCUUUGUUUUGGUUAAGUUACAAAAAAUGAGAACGAAUCAAUUGCACAAAUUUCUUCUUUUAAGAAUCAAAAUCAACUAAUUUAGCUAUGUUGAUUCCAACUUUUGUCUGCUAUGCUAUGAGUAUUGUUGUAAAACAAACCUUUUCUUU